AUGAAGUUCUCAACCACCACCUUGGGCUUUGUCCUCUCCUUGUCCGCCGUCAUGGCUGCUCCCCUCAAGGAGCGUGCUGUUGAGGUUGCCACUGUCACCGAGACCUACACUAAGGUAGUUCAUGAAACAGCUGUAGUUUGGGUUCCUCCACCUGCAAAGAGUGAGCACCCUGCUGCGUACUCUGCAAAGCAAUAUGGCUCCUCAACCGAAUCUACCUCCACCGAGGCCACCACCACCACCGAGUCUACCUCCACCGAGUCUACCUCCACCGAGUCUACCUCCACCGAGGCUACUUCCACCACUUCCACCACCACCGAGGCUACAUCUACCUCAACUACCUCAACUGCUGAAUCCACGACUUCUACUACUGCAGAGCCCACAACAUCUACAACCAGCCAGGAGCCAACCACUUCUUCCACAUCGGUCUCAAUCCCUUCAACUACCAUCGAGGCUUCAACCACCGCUGUCAUACCUAGUUUUACCCCAUUAUCCAUUCCGACUACUUCCCAACCCGCUGCUACCUCUGCUGUCGCAAAAGCUGUAGAGUCAGCGGUCAGCAGUGGUUCCGGUUCUGGUAUGUAUGCGGGCCAAAUGACGUACUAUACGCCUGGUCUCGGCUCUUGCGGUGAAACGAGCGGUGAAGGCGAUUACAUCGUUGCUGCCGCCUGGCAAUACAUGUGGGAGGGUUAUGGUUCGUCAUUGAACCCUAACAAGAACCCUAAGUGCGGUCAGAAAGUCAUGAUGACGGGCCCCAAGGGGAAACAGGUUCCUGCAACCAUUGUUGAUACCUGUCCAGGAUGUAACGGCAAAUAUGAUCUCGAUUGCACCCUCGUACUCUUCAAGGAACUCGGAUGCACUGAGGCUGAUGGAAGGUGUCAAAUGACUUGGUCACCCAUGUAA